GACCAGAACCAACUCUACCAGAUGGUGAAAAGCAGGAGCAUGCGCCAUCUGUUUACGGUGUGCAUGUAUCUGGCAGUGUUUGGUGUAGCAUGGUUCUUGUACAAGACCUACCUCAUCAAAGUUUGUAUGGACAGAGAGCUGUUAGGCAACAGCCGUCUUACUUCAGAUAAAAAAUGGCGAUCAGCUGAUAAACCUACACAGCAAACGAACUGUUACACUACGCGGACACUACCGUCCGAUCGUGAGGCACCUCCAGGAGAUCUUGGACGCCCUGUGGAGAUGGACUUGAAAGACAACGCCACUUUGAAGAUGAUUAAACAGGGUUUGGAGAUGUUCGGGUAUAAUGCGUACGCUUCCGAUCUGAUGUCUAUUAGGAGACGUUUACCGGAUAUAAGAGCUGCAUGGUGUCGGCAACAAGAUCUAACAGCCGUUCAUCUUCCACCGACAUCGAUCGUGAUCGUGUUCUACAAUGAGGCGUGGUCCGUGCUACUAAGAACCGUGCACUCCAUCCUAGAUCGAACACCGGAACAUUUGAUACACGAAAUAGUGCUCGUGGACGACUACUCUACUGCGGCUUACUUGAAAACUCGAUUAGACGACUAUUUUGAGCACUUUUCUAAGGUACGUAUUCUACGGGCGCCCUCAAGACUAGGUUUGAUUGUAGCGAAAAUGUUUGGUGCUAAGGCAACGACAGCCAAGAUCAUCACGUUUUUGGAUGCACAUGUUGAAUGUACUGUGGGUUGGCUUGAGCCAUUGCUGAUAGAGAUAAUGAGCAAUUCCACCACGAUCGCUAUACCAACGAUCGAUCAGAUAGACGGCAAUACGAUGCAGUUGGAUAAAGACUUCGCCCCACCGCUCGUUGGGGCCUACCGGUGGGAUCUGAACUUUGGUUGGUGGGGUCGGGCAGCCAUGAAGAAGCGCUAUCCGAACCCAUACGUUCCCUUCGACACACCCGCCAUGGCUGGAGGACUGUUCGCGAUCGAACGUACCUUCUUUGAGCGGCUCGGCUGGUACGACAAAGGGUUCGAGAUGUAUGGAAUGGAAAAUAUCGAACUGUCCCUGAAGAGCUGGAUGUGCGGUGGCAAAAUGGUAAUUGUGCCCUGCUCACGAGUUGCGCACAUACGCAAGCAAAGUCAUCCCUAUCUACUAGCAGCUGGUAAAGACGUGGUAAUAAAGAACUCGCUGCGGCUAGCUGAGGUGUGGAUGGAUGAGUACAAGCAAGUGCUGUUCGAUGUCUACGGUGUGCCUCGCUAUUUCCCGCAGUACUUUGGGCCAGUGGAUGAUCGGAAAGCCCUUCGUGCUAGGGCUGGCUGUGGAAGCUUUCGGGACUACGUGCUCAAUGCCUUCCCGGAGAUGAUGAACCCACUCGUACCGGGUGCCUUCCGUGGAGAAAUGCACAAUGCCGCCCUCGCAUCUAAGCACUGCCUAACACACAGUUGGGCGAACCAUUCGCUAACGAUGGCAGUGUGCGAUGGACGAGAAAAGCAACAGUACUGGACACACAAUUUCUAUCGCGAACUAAACAACUACUCGACCUGUAUAGAAACAAUCAAUUCCGAUAGAUACAAGCCGGUUGUGAGGCGAUGCCAUAGGAACGAGAAAACGCGCACCCAACGCUGGCAAUAUGUGGUUAACAGUGGACAGAUCAGGAGUGAAAAGCUCGGUAAAUGUCUAGCAGUACGCGACGGAGGAAAAUUGAUUACAAUGGAACGUUGCAAUCAGGCCGAUCGACGUCAGAAAUGGUUGGUUACUUUUGUAAAGCUAGAUGCUUCAAUCUUUCGAUAUUAUUGA